AUGGCCUUGGAGUUUGGGGACCACUCUAGUGGGUUCCACUACAAUGAAGUGAUCAGGUUCAUCAACAAUGAAGUCCUCAUGAAUGGUGGUGGCCCCGAAUUCUAUGUAGCCUUCCGCUCGCGGCCCUGGAAUGAGGUAGAGGAACGGCUGCAGGCCAUCGUGUCAGACCCACAGGUGCCGCGUGCAGUAAAGAGGGUCUGCGCCUGGAGCGCCCUCGCCUUGAGCGUGCGAGUGGUCGCAAGGCUGCAGGAGCAGCAGUUUCGCCGUGUGAGAUGGCUGCAGGAGCAAGUGGAGGAACGAGAAGCAGCUACUUGGGCUGUGGCCUCUGAGCUGCAGCGGCUGCGUGAUGAACGUGAGGAGAUGGCUGCUCAGCUGCGCUUCACGCGGGCUGCCCUGCAGCUGGCAAUUGAAGAGCGUGAAGUGCUGCGUGGGAGGUUGUUUCAGGCUGAGAAACAGGUCCAGGCCUACCUGGUGCCUCAGGAGGUUAUGCCUGUUUCCGGAGCUGGGCAGUGUGAGGCUGCAGCAUGGCCCCUGAAUGAAAAGGAGCAGAGAGAGGCAGCGGCCCCAGGGGCGUGGGGCAUGCCAUAUUCUGAGGCCCAAAUGGGAACCUCAGCAGCUGUGAUUUAUAUGCCAGGGCCCCAGAAUACCUGGGUCCAGACGAUGCAGCCGGCUAUGCCAAUGUCGGUGCCACAGCCAUUCCCAUUCCAAGCACCAUUUCCAGCAAGCUUCCCAUACGCAGCACCUCCAGUUGUCAUGGAGUCAGAAGCUGCCGCAGCAGCAGCAGCAGCAGCUGCAGCACCCCAGACGCCUUCUGCAGAGAUGUAUCCACCUGACCUGUGUGCUGAUGUGAAGUCCCAGGAGGAGAUUGCCCCUUUGUGGGACCAGAGGUACCACAGCCAGGUUAAAUAUCCUGAGAACCUUCAGUGGGGAUAUACCCUGGGGGACAGCGGAAACCACAGCCAGGAGGGAGGUCCUGAGUAUUCCCAGGGAAUGACCUCCCUGGGGGACAGCAGGAGCCACAAUCAGGAAGAAAAUCUAGAAAUGUCCUCAGGUACAGUCCCCCUAGGGAAUAGCAGCAGCCAGAAAGAAGAUUCAGUGAUGCCCCAGGGGGCAGCCCCCAUGGGUGGUGGCAAGAGCCAUAUCCAGGAGAAAGGUCUGGAGGAGCCCCAGGGGAUGACCCCCCUGGGUGGUGGCAAGAACCAUAGUCAGGAGGAAGGCCUAGAGAAGUUCCAGGGGUUGAACCCCCUUGGUGGUGGCAAGAGCCGUGGCCAGGAAGAAGGUCUAGAGAAACUCCAAGGGUUGGCUCCCCUGGAUGGUGGCAAAAGCCAUGACCAGGAGGAAGGUCUAGCGAAACCCCAGGAAUCAGCUCCCCUGGGAGUCAGCAAGCGUCUUAGCCAGGAGGAAGGUUUAGUUAAGUCCCAGGAAUUGGCACCUCUGGGUGUCAUCAAGAACUGUAGCCAGGAGGAAGGUCUGGAGAAGCCCCAGGAGUUGGCACCCCUGGGUGUCAGCAAGAGCCAUAGCCAGGAGGAAGGUCUAGAGAGGCCCCAGGGGUUAUCUCCCCUGGGUGUCAGCAAAAGACAUAGCCAGGGGGAAGAGCUAGAGAUGCCCCAGGCAACUGCCCUGGGGGAUAACAGGAGCCAUGGUGUGAAAAAAAGCACAAAGAAGCAGCAGCCUCAGGGGCAGAAGGCCAAGCAGCCUAAAGGGAAAAAAGCCUCAGAUUUCCAGCAAUGGGAGAGGUCUGUCCCAGGCUGCAGUACCAUGAAUUGGAGCUGCCCAUGGUGUAAAGCGAAGAAUUAUUCAUGGCGCACAGCUUGCUACAAAUGUAAGAAAGUCUGCACGCCAGUUGAGUGCGGAGGCGCUGAUCCAGGACAAACUUACUGAUUCCCGGAAGAUGAGAUCCUGUUUUUGUGUCAGCUCUACUGAACCUGCUUGUUGCUGAAGAAACUGGACCUGUCCCAUUAGAAGAUUCCCCAGGAGACGAAAGAAAGAACACCUCCAUUCUGAUGGACUCAUACUCAAACUUGAGGAUAAUUCAUAUAAUUCUAAUUUUAGGUGUGACAAUGGCAACAUUUUUGUUUGUUUGUUUAAAGAAUUCUUACCUAGAAAGAUAUCCUGAAAUAUUUAGGGCUAAAAUGAUAGAUGCCUGCAAUUUAUUGCAAAACAAUCCGUUUGUGGGUUUUUGAGAGGUAUAUAGAUCUGUGUUGUCCCAUGUGGUUUCUUUCCAUUAGCCACAUAAGAACCCUGUUGACUAGAGCCAACAAGAAUGAGAGAAAGUUAGGGAAGAAGAGGUGGCUUGGCACUCAUUAGGAGGGAAAAGAGAGAAUAAAAUAGUUUUGUUAGGAUUUAAUUUCUCCAUUGGGACAAGGAAUUAAUUUGUAAGAGUUCAGGGGCUUGCAAUGUUAAAGUGUAUAGAUGAUAGUAAGUUUGAUGUAUUUCAAUUAAUUCAUUAAAUAAUUGUUGAUUGCUAGUAUUUUUAGAAGCUAGAACUGUAUGGUAUUAUCUGGUGCCCACAUUGUAACCCUUUUUGUUGAGCUUGGUUAGAUGAGAGGAGAGAUAUCAAUUUGGGGUACAGCUUAGAUUAGAUGUGUCUCCUCUUCCUUGUAUGUACUACAGCCUUAUGUAAAACCAACUGAGAUAACAUACGGAUCCAUAUUUGUAGUUCUGGGGACAAUGUGAAAGAGACUGUAGUGAAGACCUUGAGUCACCAAGCUCAUCUCACUGGUUCCAGAUGAGACAAAUGAGCAGUGGUAAAGAUCAGGAGAGUGGCUUCAUGAAAGUACAGACAGGACUUUUUAGAUCCCCUGCCGGUUUCCUUCCUUGAGAGGGACGGCUAUUUUCCUGGUUGCCCACCAGCCUGCCAGAAAAAACAUUGGUUGACUUCAAGAAAGGUAGUACUUAGGAGCGUGCUGGCUAGACCUUCCAGCCCUCAGCCUUGAGCUGCCCCCAUCCCAAGUCCCUCUCUAGUCAACAGUGGAUAAAGAACAAAAUGAAUUCCAGGGACCAACAAGAGGGCAACUGGGUUAUGGAUGGUGUUUUUCAUGGGAGGACUAACUGGGUUAAAAAUGGAGCUGAACUUAUUUUAUAAUGCCACUGGACCCCUUCUCUUCCACUUGAGGUGUUCUCUGCGAGCUCUUUGGUUCCCCAGUGCAGCUGCUGCAAGGCAAGGAUGAAGCCAGGAUAGAGCCCAGGGAUGGUAUGUUAGAUCAGUCUCCAGUACAAACAAAAGGUGUCCUUGAGUUUCCCCAUGAGACCCCAACCAGCUCACCAAGAUCAACCUUUGUUUGGCACUUUCUAAUUUUA